CCCGUUAAAACCUCCAGGUCCUCCUCCAGCAGCCGGACCUCUCGUGCACCUGUGGUGUCACUUUCAACCGCGCGACGCUUGGAUUAACGAAAGUCAAAACAAAUCAAUCAAAUAUGAGCGAAGCCACUUGGAAACAGAGCGCCGGUGCGACAUAAGACGCAUAUGAUUCAGGACAAAGGGCUCUUGCUCGAUAUUACGAUGCAUCUCACAGCGGUGGUCUUAAUUCUGGUCGUGACAGGCAUCGCCAAAGGUUGGGAAUGCAACGCGGGGUGCAACACAGAGAACGGGUUUUGUGAGAAGCCUGGGAAGUGCAGGUGCAAACCAGGGUGGCAAGGAGAGAACUGUGACCAGUGCGUGCCCUUCCCCGGCUGUCUUCACGGCACAUGCGAAAAGGCAUGGCAGUGUCUCUGUGAGGAGGGCUGGGUGGGCAGCCUGUGUGACCAAGACACUCGCCUGUGCUCAUCCAGGCCUUGUGCUGGUAAUGCCACCUGCAUAGAGACGGGAGAGGGGGGAUACCUGUGCAUCUGUCCCUUGGGCUACGCUGGUGAAAACUGCCAUCUGAAGAGAGGACUGUGUCUCACAAAUGGCUCCCCUUGUCAGAACGGAGGCACAUGUGCAGCUGCCGAUGGCUCAGCGAGUUACUCUUCCUGUUUGUGUCCCCCUGGAUUUUCUGGAGACUUCUGUGAGAUCAGCGUUGACAGCUGCCAGCCUAACCCCUGCCUCAAUGGUGGCAACUGCACAAACCACGGCCUGGCCUUCACAUGUGUCUGUCCGCUCGGCUUCACUGGUUUCACUUGUAAUGACACCACCAGCCUCUCGCCCUGCACCGGCAGGCCCUGCGCCAACAGGGGCACGUGUGUUGGGCAGCCUGACGGAACGUUCCGGUGCAUUUGCCAGAAAGGGUUCACAGGUCCAACAUGUUCCCUGCCGCACAGGCCGAAGGCCAGGUCCAAGCCUGUGGGCGCCAGGCCCGUGGACCACAGAGUGUUUGCGCUGACUCCACAGCACUACUCCCUCCCUGCUCACACCUUCCACAAGCUUCUCAGACCGCCCGAGAGAGACCUGCUCAAGAUCACCCUAAAGGAGACAGUCCACUCCCCGGGUGUCCUUGUCACACACGGCCAGCUCGUCUGCUUCGGUAUGCUGGCCCUGCUCACAUGUGUGGUCAUCCUGGGCACUACAGGCAUUGUGUUUUUUGGGCGCUGUGAGACGUGGCUGGCCAAUGCCAAGUACAGCCAGCUUGUUCGGCAGCAAAGGGAACACCUGCUGAGAGAAGCCGGCGGCUCGAGCCAGGAGGAGUCUGAGCACUCGGUAAACAUCAUCCUGCCGGAGAAGAUUAGACUCACCAGCUUUGGGAGACACUACACCUCCAUCUGAUUUAAUCGUCUCUGCCUCUUCCCCUUUCCCUCUGGAAGGAGUUUAAUAUAAAUGUCUGAAACUAGCACCAGGGAUAUACUAUGACUGUUGUACAGUUGUGUUAAUAAAGUGAGAGAUAUGCUGGACUACACUGGAAUAUAUUUGAAUGUAAAAGUCUACUGGAGUAGUGGACGACCAUGACACUGGAUUGUAAAUGUACUUUUUAUCAUAUAAACAUUCAAAGUGUAUGAAAUUAUAAAUUAUUCUCUACCUUGAUGGCUAGUAAAAAGAUGUCAUGUGAUGUAUUUCUUUAGAUUUUUGACUUUAUAAUCAUAUUUACACUUCUUUGUUGCAUGUUGAUUCAACCCUGUCUCCUAGAAAGUACAGUAUGCUACUUAACCACUUUCUUAAUUGUUGUGGCAAAUAAUCCCAGCCUUAAUUAUGUUUAGUGACGAGGUUACUUUCAGGUAACAAAACACUAAAUUCAUGUACUGCAUAGGCUUUGGAUGGAGGAGGUUGGGGAGGAUGGUGGACGAACAAAGUGCUAGACCUUCACACCAGGACUUCUGGUUCUGCGUCCAGACUCCUGUUUGGGCAGGAUUAGGCAGCAAAAUCACUUUGGGUUAGGUUAGAGAAAGAUAGUGAUUUUGGUUAAAUAGUGAAACGAAAAGGUAUUUAAAGAAAUAAUGCUGUAGUCUCUACAAGUGGAUACUCUAUUGCAACAUUGCCUAUUUUAGCGGAAAACAACUGUUAUAGGUUGUCAGUGAACAUUUUGCUCAUACGUUCUGCUUUAACAUUUUUGCGACUUGCAUACAUAUUUUCUGGUACAAAUUAGUUGUAUACAAACGUGAUUUUAAGGAGACAGGGUUGAUUGAUUUUAACAGAGCCAGACCAUUUCUCUUUCGGUAUUUAUUAUUAAAUUAAGCAAUCAUACCAUUUACUGUUAGCAAAUUGUAUUCAGAUUUUAUGACUGGAGCUGCAACGACUAGUGAAAUAGCUGAACAACAGAACACUAAUCAGCAACUUUUUGGAUUAUUUAUUGUUUUAGUAAUCUUAGUCAUAAUGAUCUGGUUUCAGCUUCUUAAACGUGAGGA